AGCUGCUUCCAUGAGGAGUUUCCGGUGAUGUUUGUUAUCAAAUAAGAUAUGGAAUCCGCCGAAAAUCUUCCCGUUAUCACAUCAUCAUGAAGCUGCGGGUUCGGAUCAACCGGCAGACCAGUAGGGUGGAGUUACCGGGGGAGGAACCCACUUUGCAGGAACUCUCAGACCUCAUCAAGCAGACUCUGCUGUCCUGCAAUGGACACAGUGCCGACACAGAGUUCAGUUUGUCUCUGAACGGCUCAGAGCUCCUCUCAGAAUCCGAUCAGACUCUCUCAGCGUGUGGAAUCGUUUCUGGGGAUCUGAUCACCGUGCUUCUGCCGCAGCCUCCUCCAGGCGCCAUGGCAACCUCAGAAAAGAACACAAUGGCAGACAGACAGGAGGCUGCCAGUGGGACCACCAGCCAGCCACAGAGCAGCAGCAGUGGGGGCAGCACCUCUGCACCGCCGACGGCCCCCCCGCAGACCUCUGACCUGCAGGACUUUGAAGCGGCCCCUCCAGUCUGGGAGCCCAUGCUGUGCGGCGAGGCAGAGGACGGUGAAGCCCCUCUCUCUCUGGAGCUCCUCUACCACACGGCUCAGGUCGCCUGUCCUAACGACGCCAUCAUGGUGGCGGCGCAUCUCCUCAUGCUGGAGACUGGGUUCACUCCUCAGGGCAGCGAGCUGAAGCCUGGGGAGAUGCCUGCAGGAUGGAGGUCUGCAGGUGGAGUUUAUAGGCUGCAGUACAAUCAUCAUCUAUGUGGAGACAGUCUUGUGUCUGUGGUGGCUGUGGGAAUGGGCCCGCUGCUCGUCAUUAAUGUUGUUCUAAAAGUGACUGAAAGCAUCGACACAACUAGAAAGCUACAGCUGAACCCAUCCAGCUACGUGACUCACGAGUGGCCAGGAGAAAACGCAGCUGCGGCCUUCAAGGAUCUAAAGAAACUUUCCCGCAUCCUCAAAGACCAGCUGGCGUACCCGCUGAUCGCUGCAGCUAGAGAAGCCAUGGCUCUGCCAGUGGUGUUCGGUCUGCAGGCUCUCCCUCCUGAGCUCCUCCUCCGGGUCCUGCGGCUGUUGGACGUCCGCUCCGUGGUAAGACUGUCAGCGGCCAGCUGGCAGUUCAACGCCGCCGCGUCAGACUCCACGCUCUGGAAACACCUUUACCUUCGGGACUUCUCAAAUCCAGAUCGCAGCCGAUCCAGAGACACCGACUGGAAACAGCUUUAUAAAAAGUCCUAUAAGCUCCGCUCGGAGCUCCGACAUCCCGUUCGUCCCUACUCCCUGCCUCCCUACCCUUUACGUGACAUCAUCACUCCAGUGCCCCGCCCCCUCUUCCCUCCGCUGCCAGGGAUCAUCGGGGGCGACUACGACCAGAGACCCAACCUGCCGCCUAACCUGCUGCCCCACCCUCGCUACGACCCCAUCGGACCGCUUCUGGAUCCCGCCGUGCGACGGCCUCGUUUGGAUUUCCGCAGACCAGCAGGAGGAAGACCGUCAGACAUCCGCAGAGGAUUCAUCUGAGUGUUGAUCCCAGAACUGCACAAUAAGAAAAUAAAAAAAGAAGAGUCAAGAACAAAAUGAUUUUAUUUCAUUCUCACCUUUAGUUCUUAACUAAAAAAGCUUAAAAAUACUUUGAAAUGUGUUUCUAAAAGAAGCAACGCUCAUCUGAAACUUAAACCACUAAUCUCUGACUGUAAAUAAGAGAAGAAUAAUUAGUUAAAAACCUUGAUGAAAAUGAAUCCAGGUGGAAGUUGUUAUUAAAGUUUUCAACCCUUAUGUUUCCUCCAGAUGAUUGAGACAACAAACUAACUCAGACGGGACAGUUUCACAGGCUUAAAUUUUGUUUAUCACCUCAGUUAAACAAAUUAAACUGAAUCAAAAUGUGUUUUUCUGGCAGUUUAUGUGAAAAAAGGUAUUCUUACUUUUUGCCACCUAAAAACUCAAAGAUUUAUAUUUUUGUAUUCAGGUAAAACAUGUUCAUUUGUUAUAUAUUAA